GUUGUGGCCAUGGCGGCCGCAGGCUCCAGUGUGGUGAGGCGAGUGGAGGAGCUCGGGGACCUCGCUCAGGCCCACAUACAGCAGCUCAGCGAGGCCGCUGGCGAGGACGAUCACUUUUUAAUUCGGGCAUCUGCAGCUCUAGAGAAAUUGAAACUCUUAUGUGGAGAAGACAAAAAAUGUGCAAAUCCAUCAAAUCUACUAGAACUUUACACACAGGCUAUUUUGGACAUGACAUAUUUUGAAGAGAACAAACUAGUAGAUGAAGAUUUCCCUGAAGACUCUUCACAGAAAGUAAAAGAGCUGAUCACUUUUCUUUCAGAACCAGAAAUUUUAGUCAAGGAAAAUAACAUGUAUCCCAAACACUGUGAUUUGCUUGGGGACGAACUCUUGGAAUGUCUCUCUUGGCGACGAGGAGCCCUACUUUAUAUGUAUUGUCAUUCUCUGACCAAGAGGAGAGAGUGGCUCACGAGAAAAUCCAGUUUGCUGAAAGAGUACCUUGUUGAUGGAAUCAGUUACUUGCUACAGAUGCUAAAUUAUCGGUGUCCUACCCAAUUAGAUGAAGGCGUUUCUUUCCAAGACGUAGACACAGCUAAGUUACUGAGUGAAGGAAUAUUUAGUGAUAUUCAUUUGCUGGCUAUGAUGUACAGUGGAGAAAUGUGUUACUGGGGAUUGAAGCAUUGUGCAGAUCCACAGCCAGGAAACCAGGAAGUGGAGACUGGUGUUUCUGGAGCAAGCUGCACUACACACAAAGAACCCUUGGAUUUCCGAGAAGUGGGAGAAAAAAUUUUGAAGAAGUAUGUAUCUGUGUGCGAAGGACCCCUGAAAGAACAAGAAUGGAAUACAACAAAUGCAAAGCAAAUUUUAAACUUCUUCCAGCAUCGCUCCAACUAGUAAGUUUAUCUAGUCCUUUUCAAACAGAAAAACAAAAAAAAACAUGAAAUGGAAAUGUUCCAGAAAAGAAGACAUAUUGAUACUGAAUUUGAGAAUGUCACACUACAUAAAGGUGUCCGGUGUGGUUACCCUUUUUUUAAAUGCCAUUACCGUAUUUCACUAUAUAUUC